UUUCAAAUGCUCAAUGUUGUCAUUCGUAGAACUUCCAGACUCGACUGUUGGUGACAUUAACAUUUCAUUUUGCCCUAAACAAAAAUUGUUCCGUUUCUAAAUAAGUUCCUGUGGUUUACAAAGCUGUUUCUAUCAUGAGUUCUAAUGUUGAAAAUCUAUCCCCUCAAAUAAUUCGACAGAUAGCAAAAGAAAUGCAUGAUCUGGCCCAUGAUCCCCCGGAAGGUAUAAAAGUGACCCUAAAUGAACAAGAUGUCACUGAUAUUCAAGCUUGUAUCGAAGGUCCAGCGGAUACCCCAUAUGCUGGUGGAGUUUUUAGAGUCAAAUUAUCUCUAGGCAAAGAUUUUCCUCAGGCUCCUCCCAAGGCUUUCUUUCUCACAAAAAUUUUUCAUCCAAACGUUGCAAUUAAUGGAGAAAUUUGUGUCAACACUUUGAAACGAGAUUGGAAACCUGACCUUGGAAUCAAACACAUUCUUUUGACUGUCAAAUGUCUAUUAAUUGUUCCAAACGCAGAGAGUGCACUAAAUGAGGAGGCAGGCAAAUUACUUUUAGAACACUAUGAAGACUACUCUCAAAGAGCCAAAAUGAUGACGGAAAUACAUGCAUUGUCCACCAAAGUUCCAAAAAUGGGCUUGGAAACAUCUACCUCCGACGGACCUCUAGCGAAGAAGCAUGCAGGUCUUAAAGUUCCCGCAGAUAAGAAAAAAAUCCUGAAAGACAAAAAGAGGACUCUUAAACGGUUAUGAAAUCUUUUCGCCAGUUUUAAUUUUUUAUUUUAAGUCAAAUUUUCUCUUAUGAAGUGAAAAAAAAAUCAGAUUUAUGUGUACCCAUGCUCAUACUUCCUCUACAUGAAAGAUUACUGACCUAUCGUGUGUUUUUAUCAGGUUUCCCCCUUUGAUAUUUCAAUAUCCACAGUGAAACUGUUUUAGUCAUGAAUCAAAAAGACUAUACCAAUAUCUGAUUCAUUAUAAUUGGGGUUUGACCUUUCACAAUUAUUAAUUUUGUAAUGGGCCAUUAGAUAAGACCUGAACUAGAAAAAAUGUCAUACGUUUUCUCUUCAUGAUCUUAAGUAGAAAAAAAUUCAAAUAAUGGGAAGUUGAAAAAUCAACCCCUGAACGAAAUAUUAACAAGUAUUUUUAACACAGACCAAAUAGGAGGUAGACAAUACGAAUGACCAAAGCAAGUGAAACGUAGGUAUGCCCCAGAACUUGGCUUGCGGCUCCCGCCACUAAAUUUGAAUUUCAACAACUAGCCUUGGCCAAAAACAAAUAUGACAGUCUCCUUGAAAAAAAAUGAACAAAGAGCCUCCUCACUGAAAAAAGCAAAUGAAUUUUCAUUCUUAAAUGCACUUGCACUGAAUUUGUUCAUUUUUAUUAUCAGCAGCAGACGGUCACAUUUGUUUUCGGGCAAGAGUACAAAGUCAUUAAAAUUGAAAUUGCUACAGUUCUUGGAGCGAGAGCCGAAAGCGAAGUUCUGGCUUCAAAAAUCGAGAAGAGCAUACCUAUGUUUCACUUAUAUUGACAAAUGACAUCGUUUGUAUUUUGUCCCUUUAAUCAAUGUUAAUUGUAAAUAUGUAAUUAGAUUUUGUCUAGGAGUUGAUUUCCAGCCUUCGUAUUCUUUGAUCGAUUCUCCUCAUGAAAUUAAGGAGAGAUAACAUUGCAGUGUAGUACUUUACCUUAAUUCCUACCUUGUCUAGUGGUCCAUUAUUCACUUUAUAAGGGAAUUCAGCUCCCCGUGAACGAUUCAUCCCCACUAAUAGUCAUAAGAUGUAUUAGAGCUAUUUUCAGCGACAGCCUUAAGUAAAAAUUAAGUCUAAUGACUCUAAGGUUUUUUCAGAAUAUUAACUCUUCCCGCUUUAGAUUCUUACGACAAUAUUAUUCUGUUGAAAAUCGAACAUCAUCAUCGUGAAAUUAAAAAAAGUUUACAUUUAUGAACAAGCUGUUUUUCACGAGUCUUUUGCCCAUGAUUUCUUUGAAAAGAAUUGAGGUUUAUUGUUAACGGGUGCGGGAUUUGCCUCGAUAAAAUUUUUCUUUCCAUCAUGUAAAGCUCAUACCAUAAUCAUAACAAUCUUGAAAUAGAAGCGAAUUGUAAAUUCAUUUUCUAGUCUUGCUAUUAAAAAAAAAGGGAAAAUAAGAAUCAUUCAACAUCACUCAAAUGUCUUAUUGUAAUAGUUUUUAGAUAGUUCAAUUACACUAAGUAUUUCUUUCUCCAGUGUUUUGAAACAGAUGUAAGUUAAGUCAAUGCAUGAAUAGGUUUAGUGUCGAGCUCUUGAUGUUUGGGAGCAACAAUUUUUCAUUCGCUCUAACCCACGUCUUACUGCUCCUAGGGUAAAAAAUGUUUAAAUUUUUUUCUUAAUUUUUGUGCAGCACAGUUUCAAGUUGCAGUUCUUUUGCAAAUUAUUAUUCAUCGAAAAAUUUUGCUCUUAACAAACUUAUCAAUUUUCUGAUCUAUUUUUUUUCAUAUUGAGCUGUAUCAUAGCCUGUCGUUCAUUUUUAAUGAGCUUCAUUGUAGAUUUCAGAGGAAAAAAUAAAAUAUUGUCUGUCAAUGAAGAAGGCUGAAAACUGCCUAGAGUGGCUACUACCUCGGGAGGAAUCAAUUUGGAGAAAGUUAGAUUCAACCAUGCACCAACUCAUUUGAGUGAAUCGUAGUAACUAGGUAAUUUUGUAAAAAGUACUUUGAAGGCAAGGCCCGAAAUCGCACUAACUAUCCUGAAGGAGAUGCAUUAAUUUUCUACUGCAUGUUAAAGGCAAAACAGGUUAAAUAAGAGACAUAUAUAUUAUCCUAUGCUCCAAAUUUACAAAUUUUUACUUUUAGUUUGAUGACUGAUGCAGAGUUUCUGGUAUAUACCUCACUCCUAAAGGUUCGCUAUGUUUUGACCUUCAUAUAUUUGAAACUGCUUUUAUAUCGUCAUUUUAGACAAAGAGCUUUCACACAAAUCACAAUCCUGGACUCAUAUUCAGUCAUAUAUCCAAGACUUGUACCAUCAACAAUAUUCUGAACGAUGAUUUGAACAGAGUUCUCCCAAACUUUUGAUCCUCUUCAUACAAGCUGCUCUCUGUUACAUAUGUGCCUGUAAAUUCAUGUUUAUGUUUGCAACAACAACCUUUUUGUCGAAAAUUGGAACCCCUGAAUUUCAAUCAAAGGAAUGGCCAAGCUAACUCUUAGCACAAGAGAUCUUAAAGACUUUUCAUGAAUGCUCUAUGGUUAGUGUUAGCCUGAAGUUCCCAAAUUAGCUAUCCACACCUAUCUUUCUCUCUUGAAUCACUAAUAACGCUGAAAUUUCCAUUUCAUCUUUAUUAGUUGUUAUCCAUUGUUGUCAGUUUUAACUCAGGCCAAACUAUUCUAUGUAACUUUGCUGUGGUGGCGGAAUAUUUUGAUUUACAUUUUAAUGCUUACAUUGGCUCAAUUCAUGCAGUCAAUGUGUGUACCUUGACCUUUGAAUGAACAAUCAGCCAUUCUGAAAAUCUUUUAAGCUUUCUUAAAAGAUGCGUAUUAAAAUUCACAACUCAAGUACUAUGUGACUAUAAUUUAUUGACUAGGAUUCUUUCGUUUUAAUAUGUUAGCAAUUGUGGCAACGACUGGUGUCUGACGGCAUUCUAAAUUUAUGGAUGAUGUCCAGCAUCAGCAACCAACAGGUUAAUAUCAAAUUGUAAGGAGAUAAUAAUUUUUUCCCGCAAGUUUUGAUCUCAAAGCUCUCAGGAAUCCAGUUCUAGUUUAAAAUGUCUUGUAAUAUCUAGCUCAGUUCCAAAAAAGAGUAGGAUCGUGGUAUAAGGAUUGUGGGGUGCUGGUGCCUAACGGUAUGUCUGUCACAUGGUCAUGCUUCCUGAAAAGAUCCAAAUGACAGUAAUUGACUGCAGACUCAGCUUUACUGAGAGGCUUAACGCAAGAUAGUGACUUCUACACAAGUGGCAUCGUGCUUUUCAAUAAAUUCAUUGAUUUGUCGUUCAUCCUAGAUAAAAAGAUUGAAUAUCAGGUUGUUUGCGACGAAGACCUUAAUAAUAGAUUUUUACCUUAGGUUGAAAUGGAGAAGCAUCGAUUUUCUAUGAUUCAUGCCUCGCCACUGUUCUGCACCUGUUUUCAAACUUCACUGCAUAAAUGUAUCUUAAUCUCUUUUUCUUUAAAGAAACAAAUUCAAUUUCGUAACAGCUGUCAGUCUUUUCUCUGUUUCAAUAAGCACUAAACCAGAUUUUGAGCUUGGCUAAUCUUCUCAUCAUCAGUUAUGACCAAUGAUUUGUUCAAGAGUACUUAUUCGGUGAAACUUCAGGUCUUCGUUUCUCCAAAGAGUAAGGCCACCUUGUAAAAUUACUGCACCACUAAAUUUUCAAUCCAUUAGUUCAUAGGUCUUCGAAUUUCUCACUAUGUUAGCUGCCUCAGAUGGAGUUCAUGCCAGGAAAAGGGUCAUACUGAAACCAAAAUGAAAAUAGCUGAUCUCUAUCCGUGCAUGGGUUUACACUGUACACAUUGUAUUAUAUUUAUUACUGUAAAAUUUUAACGAUAUUGUGGAAGGAAGUUGAUGUAGUGAAACCAAAAAUUUGCGGAAGUUUUCCAGCUUCCUGGGGUCAAAUUCAUAAUCACGUUAUGAUAAAAAGAAAAUUGAAGGAUGUCCUUGGCUUUAAUCAGUUCUUUACGAUUGCUUUCUCUGGGAAUCUUAUAAACAGUUCAAAAUUAAUUGUAUUAUUUAUUUGCACGCAGACUUGAUUUUUCAUGAGUUGCUUGUCGCAACAUCUGAUGAAAAAGCAAGUCUGCAAGCGAGUAUUAACGUUAGUUUUGAAAUUUAAUGUUCUUGUACUGUUGAUGUUGAUGCGACGUAUUAACAUUUUGCGGUCUGUGGUAAACCUUCUUGUGAGGCGGCAGUUGCAUUGCUGCCUAAAUCCUCUACUGGCACUUUGAGAGGGUAGCAAUUUCAGCCUUAUUUAAAUUUUAAAAUCAAAUUUAUUCUUUUGUUUAAAUUUUAGCUUCAAUUUCUAAUCAAUUACUAGAAGAAAGUCCAUAGAUUAAUCUCUUUUAAUAAUCGUCAGUAGAUAAACUGUAUUGUGACAUUUGUUACAAACUUCCUCUAAUUUAAACUGCCUGAACCUGUGAGACCACCCUUUCAGGAUAUUAUAUCUAAAUAUUUGAUUCACUUCUAAAGGCUCAAUAACUGUUGAUUUACGGAUCCUCAUGAUGUCAUGUUGGUUGCUUUAGAAAAGUUCUAGAAUGCAAAUUCUGUUUAAACGCUCAAAUAGCAGCCAUUUUGUGGGCUCAGUUUGAGUUUUAAAAAGGACGAAAAAUUUCUAACCUUGGCUCUUACAUUAGUGGGGUUUGAAUUACUACCGAUCUUAUUGGAGACUUUAAGUGAUGAAUGUUCCUGAGAUAAUGCUCGAUCUUUCUUCAGUCCUGUAGGAAUUUUAUUAUUAUUCUUAUUUGCCUGCUUAUCUAGUAGGACUCUAGAAGAAUCUUCUGGUAUCAAUUCGAGUGAAGCUAUUUUGUUGUCCAUUAUCUUUAAAUCAAAAAUAACUGUAAGCGUCCUGGCAGUAAAUCAAAUUUUAAAACACUUACUAUAAUAUUAAAGGCACUUGAGCCUCCUCAAUUUUUUUUAACUGAGGAUGACUUUGACCCCAAUUAUAGAAUUGUUGUAUCCUGUGUCUCUAAUUUUUUAUUAUUAUUUUUAUUCCCCCUCCUUUUUUGAUUGCUUAAUUUUUUUAUUUUCUUGGAUUUAGUCAUAUUCUGUAUAUAAUAAUGUGUCAAUAAUUGUAAUUACUUUAUCUUUUAAUCUUUAUCACUUGAAUAAUCUUCACUCUUUUUUUUGAGUCCCAGAUUUUACUUUAGUUGAAUUUGUAAAUAUUCUGAUACAUAUUCCUUCCCUUAUCCUCUCCUCUAUGUUUCAAAGUUUCCUGUGUCGCUGUAAUCUUUUAUUUUCUCCCUCCAUUGUAAUUUACUCUUUUCAAAAUCUUCACUUGCUGUUUUCUUUUUUUCACACGAUGUGGUUUUUAGAAUUGUGAUUUUCAUGUUAUAUGAUUGUGCCCCUAAAAUUAUCCCAAUUUUCUUAGACAGUGUGUGCCAAUUUAAGCACAUGUCAUACAUUUCGAAAAAAUUUGUCAUUGCAAACAAAUAUUUGCCCCUCUCAAAUGGAAUAUUUACGAUUGUUUUCUUUCUAAUAACUGAAGCUUCAUUAGAAUUUUUCCCUCAUCAAAUUUUCAUGUAUCAUGUAACCCAAAUUUUAGAUUGAAAUACUGUCUUAUCAACAGACAUCAAAACCGUACGUUUGCCUAGAAAAUUGCCUUGGCGGAACCUCUUAGCACAUGAAAGUUUCUCCCUCAAAAUCUUUUUGGUGAAACAAGAAUGAAGGGGAAGAUCGUAGAGAAUACCUUUUCCCCAGGUAUCUGCUUAGUUUUGUAUCAAUAGUAACAGAAUAAACUUUGUUAAGAUUCAUGUAAGUUCCUCCAUUUAAAAAUCCCAUUUUCCCCCUCUAACAAUUGAACCAAUUUUCUUCUGAAGGUCCAAAGCACCAAAAUCCAGGUCUCAAGAGAACCAGAAAUAAAGUGUGCCAAUCGGUGUGCAAUGUGCAUUCAACCUUCCGAGUCCAGUUCCAACAGGUAUCCUGAAGGCAUUAACAUUUUCUUGACUCAAAAGAUAAAGCACUGUUUCCCCUGUUUUUCUUGGAACUUGAAUUUUGGUUACCGAGUCUUCAAGAUAAAUAUUGGUCCAAUUUUUCUUUUAUUUGUUGGAUUAAUUUAAUUAGAAGUGCUCCAUGAAGAAUAAUUCUUGAUUAAGCACCUCUGCAUUUAUAUCUUUGCACUCUCAUUGGUCCAGUGAUAUAAGACCUUUCCCCAAUAUCUCCCCUUAAUGAGGCAUUCUCUGGUAAAAAGGGAUGUGAUAAGCCUUUUGAAGGUGCCAGGAUUGUGCUACAGCAACAUAUCAUUUGCAGCCGACUCUUCAAAAACUUUUUAAAAAUAUUUUUCUAAGUAUUAUUUGCGUCUUACAAAUUUUUCUAUGAGAAUAAUUCUAAUAAGUGUAAAUUCGAUUUGCAAUGAAGGACGUAUGAGGUAGCAUUAUCCUGGCGGUACUGCAAGUUUUGCAUCUCUUGUUACUGUCGAAUGCGUUCAGUAUGUAUUUGUAUGCAUUUGUAAGGAUUUAUGUAAAGACUUGUUUCUUCUCACUCAGAUGUUUAAAAAUGUGUUAUUUUCUAGCCUUAAAUCUUGUAUCUUUACCCGCCGCUGGAGCGACGAAAUUUUAAAGCUUAAGUUUUUUCCAAAAUUAAUAUAAUUUAUAUUAAAUUAAA